AUGGCGUUUGCGCGUGUUGCCAUUCUGGUUCUUGUACAGUGGACACUUUGGCAGCCUGCUAUCUCCUCAACGGUGGGCAUGGAAGCCACAGGGGUCACAGGGGAGGCUCCUCCGCAGAUGAGUGGCAAGUACAUGUAUGUCUUCGAGACCAUGCUGCUUCUCAUUGUCAUUCUGAUCAGCUCAACUUGUUGGCUAGUCUUCUCGCAAAAAGUUCCCAAGCAUGUGGAAGCAGGUGUACAAGCCAACCUGGAUCCUGCAGAGAGUUGUGUGUGGCCGCGGCAGCAUCCACAGCAGCGUGAAGCAGAGUAUCCAACCAGGGAAUCUAACAGGGGAGCAGUUUAUCUGGGUCCGCACAGUACACGCUGGCACCGAGACCCUGCAUGCGGACAUUUACGAUCCAAAGCCCGAGAAUUGACACCCUGCUCAUUCUGUGCCAGCGUGAGUACGUGUGGAAUGCGCUGA